AUGAGUGAAAAUGAGUAUGUAUACGAAAUUAUCAACAACGAAAAUGAUGCACGUCUUUGUGCUGAACUUAUCGCUGAAGAAUUUUGUACAUGUAAUCCUAUUACGGUAUUUGAUAAAAUAACAUCAAAAUGUUUUUUUAAAAACUGUUCAUGGCCGUUAAUUAAAGACAUGUUUGAUGAACAAUUAUCAUUUCUGGCGAGACAUCGUUCGUCCGGUGAAAUUAUUGGUGCUGUUUUUGCUGGUGAUUUAUAUAAAUAUCAUCAUAGACAUCCAUAUGAUGCUUGUAGUCCGCCGAGUGUGAUUCCAGUUGGUGAUUUACUCGAUGAAAUGGAUAAUCUUUUUAUUUCACAUGAUUUUGGACAAGAAUUAAAACCUAAUUUCGUUUUACAUAUAACAGUAGCUGCAAUUCGUGCACAACAUUCAGGUAAAGGUGUAGCUAGUCAAUUGCAUAUAGCUCUAUGUAAUUAUGCAAAAAAUGAAAAAGGAUUUAAAUAUGCUCUUGUUCAAGUAACAAAUCAAGCAACACGACAUAUUUAUGUGAAUAAGAUGGGUGGAAAAGAAGUGACAAUUGUUGAUCCAACAACAUGGAUAUGGGAAAAAAAGAACAGUAAACAAUUAUUAUAUCCUUAUAAAGAUUAUAAACAUGGAUCAAUACCGCAUAUCCUUAUUGAAUUGAAAUUUGAUUGA